UCAAAAACGAAUUGCAUGGAAUGUGUACAUCCCCUUGUAUAUGUGUGUUUAACUGCAGUUCACUACUGCUAUAUGCAUGUCUGGAAAUAAUUUAUUCUCUGUAUCUCAUUUGACUGACUGUUUUUUUGCUUGCUUGAUUUUUAUGCAGAUUCCUAAUGAAUCAGGGUUUAGCAACUCAUCAAUGCAACCAUCUAAAGGCAAUGAACUGGUUGACGAGGAUGUGGACAUUGUUGGUGGGAAUGAUCCUCCUAUUUCAAAUUAUCCUCCACUAGAGAUUGAGAAAGAUGGAACCAACAGAAACAGUAAAUGCAGUAGUUCAAGCAGCUCUAGUAGUGAAUCUGGCUCAUCAUCAAGUGAUACUUUAUCUACAAAACAACGUUAGGGUUGUUAGUUACUUAUGCGUAACAUUGUGAAGUAGGAAAAAAGAUGGACAUAGUUUCUUUUGGUAUUUAUCUCAUAAAUUCAGUAGUUAUUGACAAUUUUCUACGUGUUUGGCUUAUGAUGAUGGCAAAAUUAGAGACUUGUAAUGUAAUUUUUCUGAAUGCUGGAACAAUAUUUUUUGUCUGACUGUUGCAAUUGUGGCA